AGACAGAAAGGCUGGAGAAGACAGAGCCAAGACAGAGCCAAGACAGCCGGGCCCACAAGGAGGACUGGGGGUGACUGGGGGACCCCGCGGCGGGCAGGCCCAUGGGGAGGCAGGCGGAGGAUCGCUGAGUGGCUGCCCCGGCUCCCGCCCCGCCGCCUCCCACCCUCGGGGCCCCGCAGCCCAGGCGCCGGCGCUGCGGCCGGGAUGGCGGACUCCUGCCGGAACCUCACUUACGUGCGGGACUCGGUGGGCCCGGCCACCAGCACCCUGAUGUUCGUGGCCGGCGUGGUGGGCAACGGGCUGGCGCUGGGCAUCCUGGGGGCGCGGCGGCGGGCGCGGUCCCGGCCCUCGGCCUUCGCCGUGCUGGUCACCGGGCUGGCCGUCACCGACCUGCUGGGCACGUGCUUCCUGAGCCCCGCCGUGUUCGUGGCCUACGCCCGCAACAGCUCGCUGCUGGGCCUGGCGCGCGGCCAGCCGGUGCUGUGCGACGCCUUCGCCUUCGCCAUGACCUUCUUCGGCCUCGCCUCCACGCUCAUCCUCUGCGCCAUGGCCGUGGAGCGCUGCCUGGCGCUCAGCCACCCCUACCGGUACGCCCGGCUGGACGGGCCCCGCUGCGCCCGCCUGGCGCUGCCCGCCGUCUACGCCUUCUGCACGCUCUUCUGCGCGCUGCCCCUGCUCGGCCUGGGCCAGCACCAGCAGUACUGCCCCGGCAGCUGGUGCUUCAUCCGCCUGCGCGCCCCCGCGCUGGCCGGCUGCGCCUACUCCCUGGCCUACGCCAGCCUCGUGGCCCUGCUGGUGGCCGCCAUCGUCCUCUGCAACGGCUCCGUCACCCUCAGCCUCUGCCGCAUGUACCGCCAGCAGCGGCGCCACCAGGGCGCGCUGGCCCCGGGCCCCGGGGCGCGGGCGCGCGAGGACGAGGUGGACCACCUGAUCCUGCUGGGCCUCAUGACGGGCGUCAUGGCCGUGUGCUCCCUGCCUCUCACGAUCCGCGGCUUCACCCAGGCCAUCGCCCCGGACAGCAGUGAAAUGGGGGACCUCCUCGCCUUCCGGUUCAACGCCUUCAACCCCAUCCUGGACCCCUGGGUCUUCAUCCUUUUCCGCAAGGCCGUCUUCCAGCGCCUCAAGCUCUGGCUCUGCUGCCUCUGGCACAGGCCUGCCCGCGGCCACUCGCAGCACCCCGUCUCCCAGCCCACCUCCGGGGGGAAGGACCCCAGGGCCCCCGCCGCUCCCGGGGGCAAGGAGGGGAACUGGGUGCCUUUGCCAGCCUGGGGCGAGGCGCAGGGGGCGCGCCUGCCUCCGGCCCAGCGGUCGGGCAGCGCCGUGGCAACGCUGUCCAAAGUGGAGUCCACGGCAGCCUGCUCGCUCUGCUGACAUCUUGGGCGUCCGGUGGCCUCCUGCCCCGUCUCCUGGGACUGGAGCCGGACAGUCCGGGGAAGGCCGGCGGCUGCCGGUGGACAAGCAGAGCGAUGAACCCUGGAGCCCUGGCCUGCCAGGCAGGGGGCAGGGC